AUGGCUGAUUCAACCUGGUCACCUUCUUCUUGGACAUCUAAGCCAGUUGCGCAGGGCGUCGAGUACCCAGAUGAACAGAAGCUCCAGAGGGUCCUGAGUAAGAUCAACACCCUGCCGCCUCUGGUCACACCUUCUGAGAUCGAACGCUUGCGAUACCAGUUGGGUCGCGUACAGAACAACGAAGCCUUCCUUCUUCACGCUGGGGAUUGCGCCGAGAGUUUCGAUGCCUGCACUCAUGAAAACAUAUCCUCGAAGAUCGGUCUGAUUCUCUCGUUUUCGUUGAUUGUUGUCUGGGGCGCACGCUUGCCUGUCGUACGUAUCGGUCGAAUUGCUGGACAAUAUGCGAAACCGCGAAGUAGUAGUACCGAGACCAUCAACGGCAAAACUGUAACGAGUUUCCGAGGCGACAAUGUCAACGGUCUUGAUCCAGAUGACCGUACCCCGGAUCCUGACCGUCUGCUUCGAGCUUACUUCCAUUCUUCCACUACUCUCAAUUACCUUCGAGGUCUGUUGUCUUCUGGUUUUGCUUCGCUGCAUCACCCGAGAGAUUGGUCCUUCAAUCAUGUCCGGUCUCCUUCCCUACGCAAAGAAUUCGAACACAUCGUCGAAGGUCUCUCAGACGCUCUCGAUUUCAGUCGAACCAUCGGCAUCGAAUCCAUGCCUCCCUACGAACAAGGCGGCGCACGAGAAGCCGUCGGGGAAGUCGAUUUCUACACCAGCCACGAGGGGUUGAUGCUAGAUUACGAGCAAGCUCUGACUCGGGAGUUCCCUUUGCCACCCUCGCUAGCGACAAAGGAUAAGAAGAAGGGUUACUAUAACGCUGGAGCACACUUUCUGUGGAUAGGCGAUAGGACGAGGCAGCUUACUGGCGCACAUGUGGAGUAUUUCCGCGGGAUCCGGAAUCCUAUUGGAAUCAAGGUUGGGCCGUCCAUGGUCAAGGAUGAGUUGGUUCGGCUCCUGGAUAUUGUCAACCCCGACAAAGAAAGUGGUAGAGUUACUCUGAUUACUCGCUACGGCGCAACGAAGAUUGAUGAUCACCUCGCCGGUCAUAUACAAACCGUCCAAGAUUCAGGUCAUCCCGUAAUCUGGAUAUGUGACCCCAUGCACGGGAAUACCCUUACCUCCAGUACCGGCCUCAAAACCCGCAACUUCGGCACCAUCAUCAGCGAGCUGACAUCGUGUCUUCGCAUCCACGCCGAAUGCAAUUCCCGUUUGGGAGGCGUCAGCCUGGAGUUUACCGGGGAGUUGAAUGACGAGGGAUUCAGUGUGACGGAGUGCCUGGGCGGGAGUAUGGAGUUGAGCGAGGAGCAGCUGGGGCUACGAUAUCAGUCAUUCUGCGACCCUCGACUUAACUUCGAACAAUCCUUGGAUGUGGCCUUCCUCAUCUCGAAUCACUUCAAGAAUGAACGCGACGGACGCAAGCAAGAACAAAACAACCUCCUUUACUCCGAGUUAGGUGGUCGGGAGCGUAAACCCUAG